UCAAAAGAUGUCAGGCAGCAGCAACACCCACUACUCUUCUUCUCUUCGCUCCCCCCAAAUUGUUUACUCCUCCAUCCUUUUUGCUCUUUAGAUUCGCCCAAUCUCCCUAUUCUCAGCCUAACCUUUCUCUAAUCUCUGAUAUACUCUUCUUCUUCUUCCUUAUCUUACCCUUUUCCCCACCAUUUUUGCACAGAAAAUAGCUUGUUGCAGCUCCCAGAUUUUGAAUUUAAGAAGCUUCAGUUUCAACUUCGUGGUCUCGGUUGAAUGAUUUCUGGAAUAUUGAUGAUUGAUGUGUAAGAUCCCACAACAUCUAACAUCACAUUCUUUCAAGAUUCUACUUUAAGCUAUUUACCUCUCAUUAAGUGGUGGGAUUUGUAAGAUUUGAGGAUAUAUGGGGACAUUUCGCUCGAACUACCCGAUCAUACCCGAGGGAAACCGAACCAGAUCCGUCCCUCACUUCUCAUGGUUUCACCCCGGAAGUUACCUAUCCGCAACAACAAGAAACGGAUUCAGCCCAUUUCAAGGAACUCAAAACAACCCAGAUGGAGGACUCCCGGCUGUCCCAAUUCGAUGCAUGCCUAUAAACGAACCAACAAACGUUGUUGCCGAUGCUCAAACUCAGAUCACUGAACCCCCUUCUAUACCUAUCAAGAACCCAAAAAGGAACCCCAUUGAUGCUGCACUAAAAGAACCUAAACCGAAAAUCAAAAAGGGGAGAUCUUCAAAGGCCAAAGGUGGUGGUGCUAGGAAAAACAAAAACCCGAAUUUCCAUAACAAUGACUCAAGCACAGAAGCUUCCGGAAUCCCAGCACCGAUUUGCUCGUGUACAGGUGCUGCACGGCAGUGCUACAGGUGGGGUUCGGGUGGUUGGCAAUCAUCUUGUUGCACCACAAACAUAUCAGAGUAUCCGCUCCCUAUGAGUGCAACGAGGGCUGGUGCGCGAACUGCUGGAAGGAAAAUGAGCCAUGGAGCUUAUGAUAAACUUCUUCAAAGACUUUCUGCUGAAGGGUAUGAUCUGGAAUUUCCAAUUGAUCUCAAAGAUCAUUGGGCCAAACAUGGUACUAACAAGUUCGUGACGAUUAAGUGAUGAAAUGAGUAAUGAGCUUGUUACUACUAAACAGAGGUGCUUCUAUUUUAUCUGCAUCAUUUUUCAAGUAAGGCAUGAUCUUAAUGUCUGCAUUUAAGCAGUUUUCGAGGUUUAUACGGGUGUUUUUAGGUGUUUUUUGAAGUUUUUACUUUGUUUUUUUUAGUGUAAUGGAAAUAUUUUAUGAAAAUUGGCUUGUGCACUCCAAUUUUCCUUGUUUUCUCUUGAAAGGGAAUGAAAGCCAUUAUAUUUUCGUCA